CAGACGUUCAACUCCCUUCUGACUAUUUUAUCUACGUAGCCCGGCUUUUUCCUAGGGGAGACUCGUAUCACAGUUCCUAAUGGCUAUGCUAUGUGCCUGAAUCAAUAAGUGAUUAUCCGUCUAUCCUAGACUCUCCGAUAUGCAGGAAUACACUGAAAAAUCAUUCCGAGGAGAUCCCUCCCAGUUCAAGCCCGGUCAUGAGAUCCCCAUUCAGCACCAGCGGAAGCCAGGUUUACAAGACGAUCUCGAGCAACCCAAACCGACCUCGAGCCGCUUGCCAAAUGAGGACGGGGGCUACCAGAGCUACAAAGCAGCCGGGAAGUUGGCUGGCAAACGUGCUAUAAUUACCGGUGGCGACUCGGGAAUCGGGCGGGCCAUAGCCAUAUUGUUUGCGAUGGAAGGAGCGAGUAGUUUGGUAGUACACUUACCAGAAGAGGACAGGGACGCUCGAGAAACAAAAAGAAGGGUUCAAGAAGCUGGGCGGGAAUGUUACUGUUUGGCGACUGACCUUCGCGAGAAAGAGAAUUGCCGCAAGGUGAUAGAUGCUGCACUGGACAGUCUAGGUGGCAUUGAUAUUCUGGUGAAUAAUGCCGGGACACAAAAUAUGGUUGAGGACAUCAAGGAUCUGGAAGAGGGUCAGUGGGAGCAGACGUUUGAUACCAACAUCCAUCCCUUCUAUUACCUCUCAAAAUAUGCACUUUCUCACAUGAAGAGUGGCUCGACCAUAAUCAAUUGUGCAUCCGUUAAUCCUUAUAUUGGUCGGCCUGAUCUCCUUGAUUAUACGUCAACAAAAGGUGCCAUUGUUGCCUUCACGCGAGCUUUAUCUAACCAGCAAUUGAAGAAUGGCAUUCGUGUUAACUGUGUCUGCCCGGGCCCAGUUUGGACCCCACUCAUUCCGGCUACCAUGACGACUUCUGCGAUGGAACAGUUCAGCUCGGUACCAAUGGGUCGCCCAGGGCAGCCCAGUGAGAUAGCGACUUGCUUUGUUUUUCUCGCGAGUACGGAUAGUAGUUAUAUUUCUGGACAAUGCUUGCACCCGAAUGGUGGUGUAGUUGUGAAUGGAUGAAUUGGUCCUUGGGAAAAGAGCGAUAGUAUAACCCGCUAUACUUACAUAUACAUCGAAUUUGACAUAAGUGGCGAAACCCAUACAAGUGAAUAGAUAUUACUACCUUGAGAAUAUU